AUGCUGAAAUUAGCAAACACUGUUUACGAUUGCAAAGUGGGGAUUGGUGGUCGCAUUCCGAGAUUAUUACUUGAAGAAUCAAAGCGAUCAUUGGCUGGGACUUGUGAGCAUGAUAUUGAUUAUUGGACAGGCAAAUACAAGGAGUUUUUAGCAUGUCUUGAUAAAUGGACAAGUGGAGAAAGACACGUUGGGUUGGGGGAUCCACAUUUGGAACUAUACGAACCCCUUAUAAAGCAGCGAAUGUCUGUAGACAGUCACGAGUAG